GCUGGAGGCAAACAUACACACUACCCUAAAUUUACUCUCCUUAUUCACAUCAUCAUAUUAUUAUUUUCAACCUUUUCACACACAUGCUCACUACCUUUUCAACACUAACAAGUAAAGUUGUACUAGCAACACUGUUGUUAACACACUCUCUCUUCCUUCUCUUAUGUAACUAAAAGCUCUUCCAAUAAUCUACUCCCAUUACCACUUCUCUCUUGAAACCUCUUUCACUUCACCAAACCCUAGCAAAAAACAACAACAAAAUGCAAACCUUGUUCUUGUUCUUGUCCUUUUUGUUUAUCAUCUUCUUAGAAGGAUCUCAUUCUCAUAACCAUUUUAUCUUUCUCAACAACAAUAGAAGAAUCCUUCAUGAACCAUUUGUGCCAUUGAACUCUCUCCCUCCAUCUGAACCACCACCACCCCUUCAUUCUCCACCUUCAACCAAAAACCCCAACCACCCAUUUUCCACCACUAUUCCCACAGAUAACAACCCAACUCAAGAUCAAAACCAAAACCAAAACCAAAACCAAAACCCAAACCAAGACCCAAACCAAAACCAAUCACCAUUUUUCCCAAACUACCCUCUUGCACCACCCCCACCACCACCUUCACUACUUGAAUUUGCUUCAUUUCCUGCUAACAUCUCCUCCCUAAUUCUUCCUCACACCCCCCAACCAACUACUCACUCUUCUAACAAACUCCUCCCUAUAGCACUCUCCGCUACUGCCGUCGCAGUCGUCGCUGUAACCAUCUCCGUCUUUCUUUACUUCCGACGACGUCUCCGUAACCGUCGUACUUCCACCGGCGACAAGACUCUAAGAUCCGACAGCACCGUUGAGCUUUUCUCGCGCAAUGCCGAACCUGUCGGAGGAAACACCUCCGAUUUUCUUUACCUCGGCACCGUUGUAAACUCGCGUGGAAUAGACGAAACUCCUCCUUCUCGCGGCGGUGCUUUGGUUUAUCGUAAACUUGAAUCUCCGGAGCUCCGGCCUCUUCCACCGUUAGCGCGGCUUCCCGAACCUCCAUCACCGCCGCGGCGUGGCGACAACUACUCCGACGAGGAAGAUGAGGAGUUUUACUCGCCGAGAGGCUCUUCUCUUGGUGGACGAGAAAGCUCCGGUGGUACCGAAUCAUCUUCCCGGCGAGCAUUCUCCGCCGUUGUCGUUAACAGAAGCAAUAAAUCAAGCUCAAUUUCAUGUUCUUCUUCUUCUUUUGGCUCGCCGGAGCAGUCUCAUUCGAGGAGUCUCUCACCGCCGGCGAGUUCUAGUCCCCGGAGAACACAACAAAAGUCACCAGAAACCUCACCAAGUCACAACCAACACGUGGAAUAUCGUUCUUCUUCUUCAUCGUUCUCUUCAUCACGCUCAACACCAGAGAGAGACUUUGAUGAAGAGAAAGAAAAUGCUUCUUUAUCCACAAAUGUACAUGCAUCAUUAGAAGAGAGAUUCAUGGUUAAAAAUGAAAAUGCUUCUUUAUCAGACCAAGCACAAAGACUAUCUAAUGUUUCAUCUUCAGCUUUUUCUCUUCCUUCUUCACCUGAGAAAAUGACGAAGAUGAUGUAUCAAGGUUUUGAUCAGUCUCCAAGAAUGUCAAGUGUUUCUGACGGUUCAAAGCUACCUGGUAUGUCAUCGGUGCCUCUGUCACCAGCCCUACUUUCCUCACCGGAAACCGAAAGAGGAGGGUUUAGCUGCAAUUCAAACCAAUGGGGAACAUUUUCUUCACAGAGGAAGCAUUGGGAGAUUCCGGUUAUAUCGAAGCAGACUGCUUCUCCACCACCGCCGCCUCCUCCUCUGCCGCAGCAGCGACAGAGGAGACAUUGGGAAAUGUCUAGAAGUUCGGCGAUUGUUUAUCAACCUCGGUCAAAUUUGAGGCCGCCGGAGUUAGCACCUCCUUCGAGGCCUUUUGUGUUGCAGAAUCAAAUGACAAAUGAGAGUGUGGGGGAAACUGAAGAGAGUUCGAAACCGAAAUUGAAGCCACUGCAUUGGGAUAAAGUGAGAACCAGCUCUGAGAGGGAAAUGGUGUGGGAUCAGAUGAAUUCUAUGUCUUUUAAAUUGAAUGAGGAAAUGAUUGAGACAUUGUUUGUAGUGAAAACAGCAAACCAAAAACCCAAGGAUGCUGCUCCACGAUCUGUUCUUCCCCUGCCAAAUCAGGAGGGCAGAGUACUUGAUCCAAAGAAGUCUCAAAAUAUUGCAAUCUUGCUCAAGGCUCUUAAUGUCACAAUAGAAGGAGUGUGUGAAGCACUUUUAGAAGGUAGUAGUGAUACACUUGGAGCAGAGCUUCUUGAAAGCUUGUUAAAAAUGGCACCAAGCAAGGAAGAAGAGCGUAAAUUGAAGGAACAUAAAGAUGACUCACCGACCAAGCUUGAUGUUGCUGAGAAAUUUUUGAAGGCAUUGCUUGAUAUACCUUUUGCAUUUAAAAGGGUCGAAGCAAUGCUUUACAUGGUCAAUUUUCAAUCUGAAGUAGGCUAUCUUAGAAAAUCAUUUCAAACUCUAGAGGUUGCGUGUGAAGAGCUACGAUAUUGUAGAAUGUUCUUGAAGCUUCUAGAAGCUGUACUUAAAACUGGGAACCGCAUGAAUAUUGGAACAAAUCGCGGUGAUGCGGAGGCUUUCAAACUUGAUACACUUCUCAAGUUGGCUGAUGUCAAAGGAGCAGAUGGGAAAACCACUCUACUACAUUUUGUCGUACAGGAAAUUAUUAGAACCGAAGGCGUUCGUCUCUCGGGUACUAAUCAAACUACAAGCUCUACUUUGACAGAAGAUGUCAAGUGUCGGAGGCUUGGCCUACAAGUUGUUUCUAAUCUGAGUUCAGACCUAUCAAAUGUAAAGAGAGCUGCUACUAUGGAUUCCGAAGUUCUCAGCAGUGAUGUCUUAAAACUUUCCAAAGGAACUACAAACUUAGCAGAGGUCGUGCAGUUAAUCGAAAAGGCGGGAUUUGAUGAAAGCAGUCAGAAAUUUACAGAAUCAAUGAACAACUUCAUUAGAAUGGCUGAGGAGGAAAUUGUGAAAAUUCAAGCAUACGAAAGUGUUGUUUUGACCCUUGUGAAAGAGACUACAGAAUAUUUUCAUGGGAACUUGGCAAAGGAAGAAGCUCAUCCAUUCAGAAUCUUCUUGGCUGUAAGAGAUUUUUUAGCUGUUCUUGACAGGGUCUGCAAAGAAGUUGGUAUGGUAAACGAGCGAACUACGGUUAGUUCAGCUAAUAAAUUCCCUGUUCCGGUUAAUCCAAUGCUUCCACAACCACUUCCUGGAUUACAUGGAAGGAAAGAUUGUAGUAACUCUUCAGAUGAUGAAUUUUCAUCACCUUAGCUAAAAGAUUUCUGUUUAUGUAGAUUAUGUUAUGUAGAGAAAAAGAGAGAGUAGAAUAUGUAUUGUAUGAUGUUGUUAUAGUAGCUUGUAAAUAGAGAUUUUCAAUUAGAGAGAACCUUUGCUUUCAAUUAAACUUAAAAAAAAAACAUAUUUCAGCUACAAUGCUGUUUUUGUAUAAAAAUGUAAUCUGCAUUAAUUAUU